GCAAGGAACACAGCAACAGCAACGGAUUUUUGCGCUUUCUGCCGUUGCCGCGUUCAUUGCCCGGUAACAUCUUCAUCGAACGGUCUAAAACCGACAAGUGUUUAAUCAACGUUUCAUCAAACGUACACGGCUGCUCAUUGUCGGCCACAACGAACAAGAGAAAAACGCGGAGGAUCUCGAUAUAAUGGUAUUGUAACGAAAUUGCCGAGGAAUAAUCGGAUAGUGAUCGUUGAGGGUAAAUAUCGAGAUUAGACAAGCCGUAUUAACAAUCGUACAAGUGCCUAUAUACCUACGAAUUUGACACGUUGGAUAUAGGGGGGAUCGAUCGUAAUAAGUGCGCGAGGUUUUAUAUCGUCGUCGAUAAGCCGAGUGUAUGUUCCACCAAUAAAUUGAAGCAUAUAUUUACGGGAAUAGUUAUACAAAGGAAGUGUGCGAAAAAUCAGUAAUGUUUGAGUCGAAGCGCGGAUCGGUGGCAAGAGUGUUCGCCGACGCUCACUGAGCGGUUCGACGAUCGCUGCAUCGAAUAGAUCCCGCCGCCAGAAAUAUUAAAACAAAAUAAAUCGGAGAAUUUUCGCGAACAAGCGUUGUCGCCCGAUAAUUUCAGAAUGAUGAAUGCGUUUUUAGACGGUGUGGCGUCACACCCGCACCAUCUCGCGAGUCUUGGAAUAAAGCUGUCGCCGAGUGGAUCACCGGCUACACCGGAAUCGGUUUGUACAGUCGGCGCAAGUGGUAAUGUGGGAAUACAAGGAGGCGCGAGCGGAACACCCGGUGACCCUUCCUCACAGCAGCAUCAUCAUUAUCACCCCUCUCAGGCGGCUUAUCCACCUCAUCAUCCUCAUCCUGGAAGUCACAUGAGCCCUCACAUGGGCCAUCACAUGAGUCAUCAUCCUGGUUACGCGGCUAGAGACUUUUUAUUGCGACGAGAGCACGAAUUUAACGCGACCGCGAAUCCAACGACGCCGGAAAGUGGUUUAGGCCUGUUUACCCCGCUUCAUCACGACGGGACCGCCGGGGGCAUGCAACAAUUCUCGCAUCAUCCUGGUCAACAUCCCCUGGCAGCGACGAGCCAUUAUCCCGGCCACUAUACUCAGGAUACGAGGCUACCUCCUCACCAUCAGUAUCUCGGUGGACCGCAUUUAGCACCUGCCUCGAUACAUCACCAGCAGCACGCAGCGGUCUCUCAUCCCAGUCAUCAUCCCCACGGAGCUUUCCUUCGGUACAUGAGAACCGGGGGUGGCUCGCAGAGACAAGAAAUGUCCUGCAUGUGGAUCGAUCAGGAUUUACCUGGUCCCGCCGGUCGAAAAUUGUGCGGUAAGCUAUUCAAUUCCCUCCACGACAUCGUUACCCAUCUUACGGUCGAACACGUGGGUGGACCGGAGUGCACGACACACGCGUGUUUCUGGCAGGGUUGCUCGCGCAACGGCCGUGCCUUCAAAGCAAAAUACAAACUCGUCAACCACAUCAGGGUGCACACCGGUGAAAAACCAUUCCCAUGCCCGUUUCCUGGUUGCGGCAAGGUUUUCGCGAGAUCGGAGAACUUGAAGAUUCAUAAAAGAACGCAUACGGGCGAGAAACCAUUCAAGUGCGAAUACUCCGGCUGCGAGAGGAGAUUCGCAAAUAGCAGUGAUCGAAAGAAGCAUAGUCACGUCCACACGUCCGACAAACCCUACAAUUGUCGAGUCUCAGGCUGCGACAAGUCGUACACACAUCCGAGCUCGUUGCGCAAACACAUGAAGGUGCACGGUAUGACAUUGGGAGAGGGAAAGCUGGGAGGAGGUUACGAGAGCGAAGGAGAAGAGAGCAGUAGCAGCGGAGGUAGCUUGUCAGUAACGGGCCACACGGAAUCUCCACAGCCACCCCCGAUCGUCCCGACAACGCCCAAUUCGGUAUCCGCGGCCAAUCAAACACCAAACACCAACAGCAAUAACAAUAGUAACACCAACAACAACAGCAACAGCAACAGCAACAAUAACAACAACAACAACAACAACAACAACAACAACAACAAUAGCAGCGAGAACAACAACGCUAAUAAUCACCUACACCACCAUCAUCAUCACUUCGGGAGUCCGAGGGGUCCCGAACUGACCGAAUGGUACGUCUGCCAACCACCGAGCGUUGGAGCCCAGCACAGUCCAUUACCCGGACCACCGCCACCCCAUCAUCUCAGUCAUCAUUUCAACCCCUUGAUGCAUCAUCAAGCGACCGCUUAUUGAGCUCGAGAAUACGUAUUUCCGCGGAUGACAAAUUAAUUAUCGCCACUCUCAAGUAGACGUUCUUCAUUAAUCAAAGCCGUGAAUUUUCGUGAAAACCAUACGUCGACGUAUGACGAUUUAAAAAAUAAUUUAUCACUGUACAUAUAAUCAUUUAUUCAAUAUUUAGUGGAAAAUUCGAGUAUUAAACGUCCCUGCUACAGAUUUUACUCUGAACCUUACCCGAGGUAUCAUCAUCAUCAUUCCUUAUGAACCGUAACCUCGUUCAAAACGAACAAAAAUGCUAAAUCUUGAGAAACAUUUUUUUUCCAAAGCCAAAUAAUGCGAUAAUAUCCGAAGGCUCGUUAUAAUAAAACAGUCUCAUACCGCAACAUUACUCUGAUCGGUAAUUUACGCGGACGAGCGGUUGAUAGAGGAAAAGAAAAAACAGGGGACACGUCGAUUAAGAUUAUUCGAUCGAGAUGUCAAUCAGUACGAAAGAAUCCUUAUUCCACUAAAAUCAACGCUCGGAGUCUCAUGCAGGGCUAAUGAAUUCACUACUCGAGAAGCCUCGCAUAUGCCCUCGAUCAAAUGUUUUUUUCUACCCAACUAUCUCCUUUCCCUUCGACUUGUAUUAUUGGAGGAUACGAGCAUAAGGAAUCGAGAUCAUACGAAGAGUAAAUGAUAGUAAAGAACAAGAACAAAGCGACAUCAGCCAGCAUACAAUUACAGUCACGUUCGUGCCUCAAAGCUAACCAAAUAAAAAAAAUAUUAAUGUAUACUCUAUUCGACAACUCUUAAGCAAGCUUUUUGCCUAUUGUAUUUUUUUAGAGAGCCGCGUGCACCCGUCACAUGCAUGAACAAUAAUAUUUCAAUGUGGGUAGGGAAAAUAAGAGAGGGGGUAGCGAAAUUAUUUUCGUCCGAAACUGUGUAAUCUCGCAUUAGCGAUCGAAUAUCCAUAAAAUAUUUUUGCGGUUCCGGCAUAAUAGAGAAAGAGAGAGAUAAAUAAAUGGUUGAGAAGCUGUAAAUAUCUAAGUAUGGGAAUGUUGAUUAAUUCAAUGGAAAAAAGAAGACGAAUUGAGGCAUAAGUGUGAAAAUUUAAUAAAUUAUGUAUUUGCGAAAGUACGUUAUGAAAGAUGAGAUACAAGGAUGUAUAUGAUUGAUUGUAAAAUAUGUAAUUUUUCUUUUUUUUUUUUUUUUCAUUAUGUGAUAUCCUGUACAUACAGAAAAUCUACCAUUGAUUGCGAGUAAUCUUAUUGAUAUGAAUAUAUUAUUGGUAUUAUUAUCUUUACUAUCGUAUUGACGAUAAUUAUUAAUAUUGUGUAUAUGGUUAGAUUUGCAAGGAGUAACUGAUAAGCGAUGGAAUCCCGACAAGUUAAAAGAGAGGGAAAAGGGGAUGGAGAGAUUGAAAUAAGAGUGCGACGUUGUAUUAUACGAUAUAUUAUUAAAUUUGUUUUGCAAAACAUUGAAAAUAUAAA